CCGGCCGCCGCCGCCAUUUUGACUUCCCGACCUUGGGCUACUGUUGGCCACUGUCUGCAGUCAUUCCUUGCGGUCAUGUCUGUACUGACCCCGCUGCUGCUGAGGGGCCUGACAGGCCUAACCCGGCGGCUCCCGGUGCAGCGUGCUCAGAUCCAUUCCAAGCCUCCGCAGGAGCAGCUCGGGACCAUGGAAGUCGCCAUCGGGCUCACCUCCUGCUUCCUGUGUUUCCUCCUGCCGUCGGGCUGGGUCCUGUCACAUCUGGAGAGCUACAAGAAGCGGGAGUGAAGGGGGCUGGCCUGUCCCUCACCCUGUGACCUGACCACCCCUGGCCUCUCCCGAUCAGGUCUGCUGCAUUCCUGGCCAGCCUUCCCUGGAUCAUGUCCUUCAAUUACAGCGACCUCUUCUGCA